AUGGCACAGGUCACCCCAAUAUAUAAAAAAGAUGAUCCCUUUCAGAAGAAAAAUUAUAGACCUGUUAGCAUACUUCCAACUCUAUCUAAAAUUUUUGAACAGUCAAUUAGUUUACAACUAAAUACCCAUUUUGAAAAAGUAUUUCAUAAAUUUCUAUCAGCCUUUAGAGCUAAAUAUGGAUGUCAAACAACCCUUUUACGUCUGAUUGAGGACUGGAAGAGUGCCCUGGACAGGCAUGAGUAUGUAGCUACUAUACUCAUGGACCUGUCCAAGGCAUUCGACUGCCUCCCUCAUGAUUUAAUUGUUUUAAAACUUAAAGCUUAUGGUUUAACUGAACAGUCAGCAAAUCUUAUGCUGGAUUACCUAUCCAACCGAAAACAACAAUACAAGCCUAGACACGUACAAGGAAGAACGAAAUUACGGAAACAAAACCACAAAAUCAGGAUGUCUGCUGGAACGAGAGUUUAUGUUGGAAGACUGGCAAGUGAUACAAGAGAGAAAGAUAUUGAAAGAUUUUUCAAGGGUUAUGGUCGACUUAGAGAGGUUCUUAUGAAAAAUGGCUACAGCUUUGUGGAAUUUGAUGAUCCCAGGGAUGCUGAUGAUGCUGUCUAUGAACUAAAUGGAAAAGAGCUGUUGGGUGAAAGAUUGAUAAUUGAACAUGCACGUGCAUCAAGAGGUCGUGGUGGUGGACGAGGAGGUGGUGGUGGUGGAAGAUACGGUGGUGGUGGUGGAUAUGGAGGUGGCGGUAGAUUUGGAGGUGGUGGUGGCAGAGACAGAUAUGGAGGAGGUGGUGGUGGUGGUGGUGGUGGCAGAUAUGGUGAUAACAGACGCAGUGGUGGUGGUGGAGGAGGAGGUGGUGGAAGAUUUGGUCCCCCACAGAGAACCGACUAUAGAGUUAGAGUGGAAAAUCUGUCAUCAAGGGCUAGCUGGCAGGAUCUGAAGGAUCACAUGAGAUCUGCCGGUGUAGAAGUUUCCUUUGCUGAUGCUCACAAACAGAGAACUGGUGAAGGUGUUGUUGAGUUCACAAGUGAGUCAGAUAUGAACCGUGCAGUUGAGAAAUUAGAUGGUACGGAUAUUAAUGGGAAGAAAAUACGUAUGGUUGAGGAGAGAAGAGGUGGAGGCGGCGGUGGAGGUGGCAGAGGAAGUCGACGAAGUUUUUCACGCAGCAGAUCCCGAUCAGAGAGUCGGAGCCGAUCAAGAUCCAGUCGUAGCCGGUCACGAUCAAGCUCCCCUCCUAAGAAGAGGUCGCGUACGAAAUCUGGUGAUGAUGCUGAGGAUGAUUGAACAAUGCUUUGACGACCAAGAGAAAGUCUUUUUUCAUAAUACUGAAGAGAUUCAGAGGGUUAAAGCGGCAGCUGAAGGAUCCAUCUCAUCCAUUGGUUGUCUUGCAUAGUUGAAUGUAAUGAACAAAUGUAGUAAUGGUCGUAGAUAUUUGUAUGUAUGAAUGUGAUCAUCUGUUCAUUCUUGUAAUAGGAGAGAAUUGUUACAUGUCAGCUGUUGUAUAGGCUAAAGGUCUAUAAAUUUGUUUCCAAGAUACAUUAUUAUUAUUAGAUUAUAGUUAGCCCAUACUAUCAGGCAAAAUGAAAAGACGUUGUCUUUCUGAUGGUUUUUGUUUCAAGUAGGAUGUUUUUUCUUCAGUAAUGACCUUGCUGAUAACAUGUAAAAUGUGAAUAAGAUGUUUGUAUUAAUAUAUAAACCUUUUGUAUUACUUGCAGCAAAUACGAAGUCAAGCGGCUUUAGAUAAAAUUUAGCUUGCUUUAUAUACAACAUGGUAGAAUUAUGUAUAGAAGUAAUAAAAGAUUUCUGUUGAAUAAGUUUUGUAGGACUGGUCUGUUGGCAGUUUGAACACUCUUAUAACAACUCACUCAUGAACUGUGUAUCAAGUUAACAGUAAACUCUGGGUGCAGAUAAAUUUCAAUAAAGAAACAUAAUUCUAAGUUCUAAUGUAAAGAUUAUUUUAAGAAACCAUUAAUUUACUUUCACAAAUGUCAUUUUCAUUAUUUUACUAUCAUUUUGUUGCUUUGUUGCCAUUAGCCAUCAUCAUUACAGAAACAUUUAUAUUGCAUGUUUUUUUCUUUUUUUUUUUAGAAAUUUGUCCUUAUUGUAUUCUGUGAUGGAUAAAUAUUGUGAAAUAAAGAUUUAAUUAACUUU